AUGGGCUGGUUUCCUCUGUCCAUGGGUGUAGCCCUUACUCUUGGCAACCCCGUGUAUCCUGCGGCCUUUUUGGGGUUUCUCUAUCUGUCUCGCCCCACGGAGGCACCCGAUGUGGCAGCUGCCGUGGCGGCCGUGCUGGUGGCGGGGGUAGUGAACCCUUUAUUGGUAUCUUUCACCGAGGCUACGGGGCUGGAUGAUACAUUUCUGGCCCGCUUCCCCUUUUUCCUUGGAGCUGCCACCAGCGCCUACGUCCUGGCCCAGGUCUUGACCGAGGGGAAGGAGGUGUUUCAGGAUGCGCCGCGACGGGCGGAGAAAGAGCGUGUUCCCGGGCUCAAGCAGGAGAGAGAUCUGAGGUUCUUCGACGUCAAGAUGAAGAACAAAAAUGGGACAGAAGGGGAAGAAGCCAAUUUGACGGUUGAAGUGCAAGAAAAACCGGGGCAAAGCGAGGUGUAG